AUGGGCAACAGCUUGGGCUUCGGACAUGCUGCGUGCUUUGCCGUGGCAUUCGAUGGAGUACGCCGAGCGCACCGCAAAGGAUCCUCCGCGGAGACCUGCUCACUGUGCUCUCUGGUGGUGCCCGCGAAUUUGACGGAGGCGGUGUACACUGCCCUCGCAGAGGCGGAUUGCAUCCCUCGACGGUGGCAUCCGGAAGGCCGAGAUGGCAUCUCGAUUCAGGAGAUGUCGGAGAAGCGGCGAUUGGUGCCCCUCCUGGCAGGGGCGCACAACAGGCUGCCUUCGCUUGUUUCCGCGUUGCUGUCGGAGGGCCGGGCCCAGUUGCUUUGGCAGCCUUCGCAGCCCCCGCCAAAACCCUCGAAAUCACGGAGCUCCCCCACGCCUGCACCCCGGACUGUGCCGCGGGGCGUGCAAAAUGUGGAAUGCCUGAGCCCCAAGGCGAGCAGCUUCACCUUUGCGGAGCUCUUUGCGGGAAUCGGAGGGUUUCGACUCGGCUUAGAGAGCGUCGGUGGGCGUUGCGUCUUUGCCUCCGAAAUCGAGCCCUUCACGCGGGAGCUGUACACCCUCAACUUCGGACACACGCCCGAAGUUGUUGGAGACAUACGGAUGAUCCAGGACUCGGAGAUCCCUUCGCAUGACAUGCUGGUGGGAGGCUUCCCCUGCCAGCCCUUCUCCGCGCUGGGUGCGCAGCCCGGGCUUGGGGACCCGGGCGGAGAUGGCUGGCUCUUCCGGCAGGUCGUGCGGGUGCUCCAGGUGUCCAAGAGCCCACUCUUCUUGCUUGAGAACGUCCCAGGGCUGGCUCAGUGCGACGACGGCCGCGCGCUACAAACAAUCAAGAGAGAACUGUCAGAGGCAGGUGGCGGCUACGAUGUCUUCCUCAAGACCGUCAACGCGAGACACAUGACUGCUCAAUCCCGGAAGCGGAUCUUUUUCCUCGGCUUCCGCAGGGACGUGAGCGACGUGGCGAGGAAGAAGAAGGGCUCAGAGGGCUCCGAGGGCUUCGAGAUGUUGGCCCUGGUGGACCUGCAGCUCCGGGCGCAGGAGAUCUUUGAGACCGAGGAGGACCUGGAAGCCAAGGGCCUCUUGGAGCACCUGACGAUCUCCAAAGAGCAGUUUCGAAAGCUGCAGGAUUGCAAGAAGUGGUCCAGGCGGGGUGGCAUGACUGAUACCCUUGCUUGGGGAGACAAGGUCUGUUCCACAUUGGUCGCGCACUACGGAACAAGCAUCUCCAGAGGCACCUCCCAGCUGGUCCCGCGGCCAGCGCCGCACCUGCCUCGCCGCUUCAGCCCCCGCGAGUGCGCCCGGCUCAUGGGCUUUCCCGAGUGGUUCGAGCUUUCGCAGCUUGCGGAGGGGGAGAGUCCGGCGUGGCUUCGGGCGCAUUACAAGAUGUUCGGCAAUAGCGUGUGCCCGCCCAUUGUAGCAGCCUUGGCCGGCGACAUGCUGGACCAUGCGCAGCUCCCCUGGUGUUCUGAUCCUGCAUGGGGCCGGCUUGGCCGCUCUGCUGCCCUCCGCCUGGCGCUGCACUCACUGCCGGCCACCUCUCGCCAGAAGCUCCUGCAAGUCCUCCAUGCCUCCUGGGCCGACAGCUCAAAAUAG